GCUCCCCCACUCCGUGAGCUUCACUCUGGAGGUGGAAAGUGAGUUCGGAGGGUUGGUCGACGUGGCACCAAGGGAUCCAACCCCCCCCCCCUGUAUUUACCAACAACAGGCGUCUAUUUCCCAACACUGUACCGUCCUAACACACGGACUCGCUCAGAAAAAAAUCUGUCCUCUACCUCGAAAAAUAAAUGCCAAGAAAAACAACACGAGAGCCAACAGAUAACGUUAAGGAUCGCAGCUCUGAAGAAGUGGAGCGAAAGACCAACAGUCGGACAAACACGUAGAGAAAAACCGCAAAAGCGAACGGAUCGUCGCCGUUGCCUUUCUCAAUGCAUACCCUUUGUGCCCGGGGAACGAUGAAACCAGAGAUCAACGCCGCCGUCGGGUUUCUGUCGAGGUUUCUGCGGGUAAAAGGACACGUAAACGACCGACAGGUCCAAACAUUCAACCAAAGCUUACAGGACAUUUUGUCAGAGCAAUAUAAGCACCACUGGUUCCCAGACAGGCCAUGCAAGGGUUCAGGUUACAGGUGCAUCCGUAUCAACCACAAGAUGGACCCACUGGUGGGGCAGGCAGGCCAGCGCAUCGGCCUGACCAUCCAGCAACUCUACCUGCUGCUGCCCAGUGAGCUCACACUUUGGGUGGACCCCUUCGAGGUGUCCUACCGUAUCGGCGAGGAUGGCUCCAUCUGCGUCCUGUACGAGUCGCAGCCCUGCCCCGUAGGGAUGCCGUCAAUGGCCACCGCCAGCUCCCCCUCAGGAAACAUCGGGUCAGGGGGCCCCAUGGUGGACAGUCACAUCAGCUGCAAGGAGGAACUGAUGGUGCUGGGCAGAUCCAGUCCCUCCAAAGCCUACAAUAUGAUGACUGUGUCCAGUUAAAGAGGCACGCCGUCACCCCGGCCUGCUUUUGUUCAGGGUCACACCGUGGCUGGUUGGGUCAUAUGACCAGAUCAGGGUGAGCCUUUUGAAGCUAAGAAUAUGAAAUGAAAUAGUGAAAGAAGAAAAAAGAAAAAAAGAAAAAACAGAGGAUGUGGCCUAUCGUCCAGGUGAUGGAAACCGUUUAGGUUUAAUAUUUUUUAACCUCUCCCCCCAUUAUCAUGUUUUCUGUUGUCAUUGGAUCAGCUGGGCACUCACUUGGAGAGGCUUUGUGGAAAUGGAACUUUUGGGGCAGCUAAACCAACCAACCAGGAACCCCCAUGGAGACUCUCCACCUACCCCCCCCUCCCCGCCCACCUGUAAACAACAUGGUGGUCAGCUCCAUCCUGAAGGGGCUUUCAUUGACUUUGCACUUUCUUACUUGUGGUUACUAUGGGUACAUGUUCAACACGCCACCACAAAACACCAAAACCCAAAUUGUAAGGAUUUUUUUUUUUAAUCAGGAACUACCCCUUGAAUUUAAAAAAAAAAAAAAAAAAAAAAAAGAAAAAUCCAGAUGUUAUUGAAUUUGCUGUUUUCACUUAUUUUGUUUUCUGGGCUGGGAGGAAGUGGAGGUUUAGACUGAGCCUUUUGCAAUCCAAGCUCAAGGUAAAGAAACACCCAAUGAGAGCAUCUCUAUUUUCUAUAAGACCCCCUUUUUUGGACCACAGGGAAUUAGUUUUCUUUAUCUUGUAGCUGAGGAAAAAGGCUUUGGGUAUUCAUUUUGCCUCCUCCCCCUUCUACCAUCAACACCAAGCCUCAGAAAUCCUAGAUCUCAGCGUUCUCUCGGCCUGUAUGUAAGUGCAAGUGAAAUGUGUUGUGACACCUGCUGCCUGUGAAUACCAGUGUGUCCUGUUGCACUGUCGCCCUCCCAUCACCCAUGUAUGUGUAGCUUUCCGGGGGAGGGCAGGGGAUUCGUCUCCUCCCCCCUCCCCCUAGUUAAUGAAUGUUGUUGAAAAUCACAAUCAAGUUCCUGUGUUGUUAAUUUUGCUCCCUUUCCUUCCAUCACUUUGUCAUCUCCUGCAUUGCCAAAAUUCAAAGUGUAGCAAAAAUGGGGCCUAUUUUACCCACAUUUUGGUCAUGUGGCCCUGUUAGAAUUGACGUUGAAUGCACUUUGACGUGAGAUUGUGUGGGAUGUGUACUUUGUAGUGAAAAUCGCCUGCAUUCCAUCCAUUCGAAUGUCAUCUUUUCACAACCUUUUUAUUGCCCUCCCCAUUUUUAGCCAUUUGUUCAUACUGUAGCUCUCACGUUGGGAUAGACAAAUGUCUAUUAAAUCAGGAGGGUGCAACUCUGGAUUUCAAAAAGUUUUUUUUACACUGUAUUUGUGAACAUUUCAGAGCCGUUGAUUUUAGGUGGAGAGUAGUUUGGGUGGUAUAUUAGAAACAUUCUGUCAUCCGUUCAUAUGGCACUGUUCGCUCUGGCAGGAUGCAGAGCUAAGCUGUUUCCCCCCUGACACACACAGAUGGUGAUUUGUGUUGCUGAUAGAAAAAAAAAAAAGUUAGUCUGAAAGGUCUGGACUAAGUGAUGACUGUGUGAGAUUUUGGCCAAAGGGAGGUCUGGAGCACCGACUGUUUGAGAAUUUAUUUUAACUUCAGUUUAAAACAGGCCUUGUCAGCCUUCUAUUUUUAUUUAAAUUAGCUAUUUCCAAAGUCUUGUAAAAAGGAGAGACUUAUCCAUAUGUGUGCAUUGAAGGUGCAUUGCCUUACGAAGACCUCAUUGUCAUGAAUUAUGAGCCAUUUUUUAAAACUAAUAUCAGGCUUAUUUGAGCCAGCCUGGCUCAUUUGCUGCCUGGACCCUCAUUGGAGGAGUCCAUAUUCCAGCCUGGCAGCUUCAAACCUCCCCCACUCCUCCUGGUGUGGGGGUUAGAGUGCCUCAAUUGCCACAUAUCACCCCUCAGCUCAGACCUCCUGUCAGCCAAGAGCAAGCUGCUAGCUGACCCCCUGUGGAUGCAGGUAGACUUAAUGUGACACAUAUCAUCAUCCAUCACUGCGAGGAGCUGCGUAAGGAAGGCGGGGAUGGGGAGCUGGUGUGAGAGAGGGGGGGCCAGGGCCGGACUCUUUUUGUUCAGGGCAGCUAAAAUCCCUCCAGCCCCCUCUCUGGACUUAUUCAACAUCCCCCUACCAAGCCCUCGACCCUCCCUCAGCAGUGAUGGAUAAAAAUAACCAGCACACGCGCUUGCCGUGCUUAAGCUGCACUAGGGGGGGCUAGUGAGAGUGGAAACAUGGAUCAAAGAUGAAGAAUCGAGGGUACUAGGCCACUGUUUUCUGUUUUCAUCUCACUGGAUUGUGCUGCACUCGUUACUGAGUUUGAGUAGCAACUUUGUUUACAUGCAUAUGAAAGGGUGUGAUGGCUGUCUGACGUACCCCCACCUCACUCCUGUUUGUGGGGCCAAGUGGUUAAUGGCAAGCUGGAACAGAUGCUGGGGGCGGCUACGGGCUGCGUUUGGGCCUUAGCCGCUGGCUGAAUCUGUCACAGCAGACUGGUUCACCGCUCAUCACUAGACCGAUGGGUGUUUAAGCUCCCGUAAGCCUGAGAGGAUCAUGGGUAAUAGAGCUAUAGCCUUUGACGCACUGCAACCCCCUAACUCCCCCUACCCUGCUCACUGCUGAUGCUCCCUUCAGCAAUCUGAAAAGCAGUGACUCCAUGUGGGCCAGAUGGGAGAGGAGCUUGCCCAGAGCUUUGGUUUCCAUGAUGGACACCAGCUUUAAAAUCUCACUGCUCCGUUAUAGCUUUUUUUUUUAUGUCAUGUGACAAGGUGUUAUGAGAUUGGUCUAUAUUUCGAACACGAGAUGAUCGUCUCGUCUUCACUUUUCUCUAGAUGUAUUUUAUGGUCAUCUAUCCACUCUGCCAUCCCCAUUUUCUCCUCUUUAUCUUUUUAAAGAGGAUUUUUAGUCUGGUUAUCUAACCCCCUUUUUAACAGACCUUGUUUUUUAGAGCUACAAAAAAAGCAAAAAAGAAAUGAACCCAAAUCCCCUUGGACACCUUCUCAACUGUGCUACCACCACCCAAAAUGGAUUUAAGUCCUAGGUAAUAUUGAUUAUUUAAAUGGCACCCAUUCAGCUUGUGCGCACAUAGGUUACAGAAUUGUCGUGAGAGUGCUUUGAGUAGUCAGAGGUAAAAUAGCACAUAAAAUGCACUAAAUAUGUCAAGUUGAAGUUGUGUGACAUUUUUUUUUGAGACGCGAGGAGUCUCUUCUGGAAUGUAUUGCCAAACUCAGGCCUCGGACAUUCAAUAAAUACCCUUGUGGAGAAGUUGUGCAUGUUAAGACAUGAAACAGGAAGGGAACAGCAGUUUCGUUGUAUUUGUUGUUGUCGUCAAAAUUGUCAUGGAUUAGUUGAAUUAUUGCCACUUUCACAUUUGAGUUGUUUUACAUAUUGUAGAAUGUAUUGUAACUGUACAACAUAUGGUAGAGUACAUAACAUUACACAUGGGAAGUGCCAAUAAUUGCUAUCCUGAGGUGUUUUUUAGAUUUAUUCCUUUUUUUGUAUUUCAUCUUUUAACAUGGAUAACUCUUUUCGUAAGUGAAGCCAUUUGUGAUGGGAGUGUUGGAAAGGACCAAAGUUGUUUUGGUAAAAAAAAUUAUUAGUUUCCAUGAUCUGUAAUUGUAGACGUAUCCUUUGUUUUUCUUUUCUUUUCAUUUUUUUCCUCUACUUUUUUUUUUCUUCUAUUUACAUACAAAACCAGAAAAUAGACAAAAAAAUCUGAGCUUACCCAAGAAGAAAAGCUGUCUAUCUUGUGAUCUCAUGUCAGUACAUCUUUAUCGUGUUCAGUUUCUUUUCCUUGGGUAUGUUGUGAUGAACUGCUGUAAAUUUGUACAGUUCAUGUAAAUUGAUUGUGCGGAAGUUGUACAGAUUUCUAUAUUUUGGAAGAAAAGUUUUUUUUCUCUGUAAUAAAAGAUUUCCUAUCUUGGCAUCAUA